CAGAGCCACGAGGGAUGAGGCAGUAUCAACCCCCCACGGUUUGACGCUAGCGGGUUAGCUCAGUCGUCGUCGUCGUCGUCGUCAUGAACGACUCGCCGAAGCAACAACAACAAAAGCAGCAACGCCAGUCGUCGACGAGUCAGGAUGAGUCAGUUCAGCAGCAGCAGGCGAGCAGCAACGCCGAAGCCUCGACGAGUGGCUGCCAGCAGCAGAGUAACAGCGGCAACGUCCGCAACAGCGGCGGAAUCGAGCUGAGCGACGACGAGGAGUGGAAUAACCUCGUCGAAAGGGCCGUGCUCGAGCGCUCGAAAUCGGACCGUUCGGUGCGCAGCGGCGACGACGAGCACCGACGCAGGACCAUCAUCGUCGAGAAGAAGAAUGGCUCCUACGGUUUCACCUUACAAAGCUACGGCAUCCACUACAAGCGCGAGCAGGAGAUCGAGAUGGUCACCUACGUGGACUACGUCGAGUCGGACGGGCCGGCCUAUCGGGCGGGUAUGCGCGAGGGCGACGUCAUCCUGUCGAUCAACGGCCAGGACGUCGACAAGGCCGACCACAAGAGCCUCGUGAAUCUCAUCAAGAACUGCGACGGCCGCAUGCGCAUGGUCGUCAGCUUCGAGAACUGCGUGCGCAAAGUGGAGCUGCACAUGCGCUACAUCGAGCUCCAGCGGGGUCUGCAGUCGAGGCUGGCCGAGCUCGAGCGACUGUGCGAGAGGGAGAGGGCCAUACUGGUGGGCAGGUGGAAGACGCACUCGUUGCCGGCGCGCAAGAGGGCCCAGGCGAGCCUGACACCGGCCAUCGUCAACGUGAACAGUCAUCACGCCUGCGGCGACGUGGGAUUGCCGGCCGAUGCUCACCAGCAGCAGCAGCAGCAGCAGAUGACUUGUCUGGAGGCGUCGAAUUCCGUUUCUAGUCUGACUGCGGCUGCGGCCCAGUCCUGCUGUCGAUCGGCCUCCUCGACCGAGCACCUGCUGCUCUACAACGUCUACUCGGACGGCCAGAACUUCCUGAUCCCGCGCAACGCGGCCUGCCUCGUCGCUGUGGCUCCACCGGGCAUCCGGGGUGGUGGCGGCGGCGGCCCCCGCACCGAUCACCAUCAUCACUUCCUGUCGAGCGUCUCGGUCGCCUCCUCGGCCGGCGGAACGUCCAACGCUUCGUCCACUCUGCGCCACAGCUAUCAUCAGGCCGGCGGCGGCGGCGGCAGCAGCAGCAACGGCAGCCUCUCGCUCGUCGGGGGCGGCGGCACCCCGUCGCCCAAGCAGCAGCAGCAGCUACAGAGCAAGGACAGGGCGUCCCAGUGCAGCGUCGGCAGCGCCAAGUCCAACCAGUCGACCCAGGUCCAGGACGGCCAGACGCAGACGACUAAUUCGCAACCGGCAACGACUAGCGCUGCCUCGAAGCAGCUGCAGAGCGCCCGCAAUCUCUGCGUCGCGUGCAUAUCGAGCGCCAGGAGGCAGCGCGAGCGACGUCAGCACAGAGCCGAUCAGGCGGCGGCGGCGGCAAUCUCGUGCAGUGCCAAUAACGACUCGGGCAGCCUGGACGCCUACGACCUGGCCGGCAGCCCGUGCUGCGAGCCCAACUGCGUGCCGGGCCGCAGGCGCAGCGCCAAGGACAAGCACCACGGCCGUAGCAGCGGCGGCGGCAAAGCUCAGCGACACGAGCAGGGCUCCCAGACGCAUCAGCACCAGGUCUGGCAUCAUCAUCUCGAGCAGGUGGCGGCUCAGCAGCAGCAGCAGCAGCAGCAGCAGCAGCAGCAGAGUCAGCAGGUGCAGACUCAGCGAGAGCAGCGAGACGCCCAGCAGCAGACCACGGGAUCGAGACAGCCCCGGAGUCUGGAGGCCAGUCAGGCCGAGCUGUCGAACGGUCUGGAGUCGGCUCCAUCGUGCAGCACCUCCCUCAGCACCGACACCCUCUACUGGGAGGGAGGAGGCGGUCGCGGGGGUCUGCAGCACGCCAAGCCCAAGUCCUGGGACAAUCUGGCCUGCACCAAGGCCUUCGGUGGCUACGGCUUCGGUGGCUACGGCUACAUCGACGCCGGCUCCAAACACCAACAGCAGCAUCAGCAGCAUCAGCAGUGCAUCCAAAGCAAGAACAACAACGGCGGUGGCAGCGUUCAGUACGCCCGCCUCAAAAGCAGCGCCAGCGUGUGCAGCUCCACCUCGACCAAGCGACGCAGCUACUUCCAGCCGACCAAGUCGACCGAGAGUCUGCUGCAGCCCACCGGUACUUGUCCGGCCGACGUCAACAGUCUCAGCUGCGAGUGCCUCGACGGUGGUGGCGGUGGAUCGCAACAGAGCCAACAACAACACCACAAUCCGCGCUUCAUCGCCGUCCAGCUGGAGAAGCACGUGGUGAAGCGGCAGGGCUCGGCCAGGCAUCGACGCUCCAGCCACUCGGACAAGCAGCGGGCCAGUUGUAACGGAGGCACGGGAGAGGUCACCAGAGUUUAGCGAGCGGGACUCUACGGGACGAUUGGAUAUUAUUAUGUAUUGUAAUACGUGUAAACACACACACACACACACUUGUCGGGCUCUCGAUUUGUAUAUCGGGAGAGGGACGCGAUUCGCCGAUUCGUAAACGUGAUAUGACAUUUACAUAUGCCUAGAGAAUAUUUAAUUAUAAAUACUGUACAUUGAAUAUAUUAUACGAGCAUUUUAAUUAA